AUGUCGUCCUCUUUCUCAAACUCUCAGCCUGUCCAGUCUCUUGGACAGUCAUCUCCUCCUUUGGCCUCACACAACCCUUUCCGAGUGCGACAGGGCCAGACCCAAGCGUUGAAUAGCGGACAACAACCAUAUCAGAAGAAGCAUACACAGAAUGGAAGUAUAACUUCCAAUCCAUCACAACCCGUCCAGUCCUCUCAGUAUUUGGAGGGCGACAGCGGGUACUUUUUCACCGACCAACACUUUGACUUCUCCGUCACUGGAAGCCCCGGUACAAUUGGCCAAUCUACUAAUCUCUAUAACUUCGAGGAGGACAGUUCACACCACGAGUCAUCUCUGGAUGAUUUCCUGACAACAGAGACUUCCUCGGAGAAUCCCCUGAGUGAGCAUACCACCCCUCAAGAACUCAUAUGGGAGCAGCAAUUUGUUACUCAGGAUACUUCUCAACCUUACAUUGUGGAUCCUUACGGUGUUCAUCAGUAUUCAGCCCAGCAAGGAAUAGCUGGUGCCGAUAACCAAGCCGUAUUCAACACCGCUGGAGGAACGUUCUCCAAGUUUGGUCCCAACGAACAUCUUCUUGAGCCAGAUUUUAUUGAUCCUGCAGGAACACAGCAACUGGCAGACGCUCCCACCGAGCAGAGUUCGUCGAUGGCAUCUUCUCUAAUAUCGCCGCUCGCCCACAGGAAGGGAAGCUCGCAAACGCUGAAAGUCAACACCCAGGGCGAUCCAUUUCCGACAUUCCCCCAAACGACUGGUUCUUGGCCACCACCAAUUUCGAACAAUCCAGUGCCGAGCCCCUCUGUUGUAGUAUCUAGUUAUGAGCGCGAGGCUCACUCGGGCAUCCAACAAGCUCCAGGAAAACGUAGCCGUGCGAGCGAUAGCUCGGAAGAUGAAGACGACGAGGAGAACCUAGAAAACUCGGAUUCUGGAUCCGGGGUAGCUAACACUUAUUCAUCCCAUCUGAUGCCUCCAGACGCCAAUGAUGUUGGCACCAUACGUUCUGCUCCAUCUCCACGUGUUGGCCAAGAACCGUCUCGAAGAAAUGAGGACACAGUUCCGUCGCUCAAAGAUAUCGAGCACAAUCAAGACCGACAUGAAAGAGAUGCCAACGUUGAGACCUGGUUAGCAACGAGUGAUGCUGGGAGUGAACCGGACGAUCAAGCCUUGCCACGCCCGACUCGUCAGCGUUCUACAUCAGCCCGGCGCCGUACCCAGACUGUUGGAGCACAGACAGAUGUACUUGGCCGUGUCUACUCGGACAAAGGGAUACCUGGUCCAGGAGCCCUUAUCGAUGUGGAGACGGACGACGAAUAUUUCGAAGAUGUUGCGUCUGUUGCAUCAUCAAUACGUCAAAACAUCACCGAAGAAGCUGUCGUUGCUUAUCAUCGAAUGUCGCCCAAGCUAUCCCCACACACACUCGCUCCUGUUCAAUCUCCAGAGCAAAGCUCUUUCCCUCCUCUUGAUAGCGAAGUUCCUCUAGAAUCAGAGGAGCCCCAUCCCCGACAGUUUUUCAGGAGAGCUGCUCCCGGUUCUGGAACGAAUGAGAGCAGAGAGCAGGCAGAUUCGUCAAACGCGGCCGCAUACAAGUACAAUCAAGAAGCCGCAAAGUGGGAGACAGCGUCAAGAGCGGCGACUUGGGGUACACGCCGUCGACUUAGCGAAAGUGAAGUCAACUCCAUUGUUGACGGCAGUCAGGUCCGGCAUUUAUCAUUGUCCAAACGCGGUCGCGAGCGGGGUAGCAGUAUACUGAAUAAGGCUCGAGGACUCUUGCCUCGUCGAAGCAGCAGUAAUAUCAAAGUGGAGCAAAUUGAUAUGGUCAAGGCCCCGGCCGAGCCUGGUCAUGCCCACCGAAGCUCCGUGGGUACCCUGAAAACAAGUCAACGAAAAUCAAGUUUUACGAAAGCUCGAUCGCCACCGCUAGAUACUGGCAGUGCUCUCAUGGCGAUGACUGGCCAGCUUACAGCGAUUGGACGGAGUAGCACAAAACCGCAAGAGCCCGAUCCGCCCAAGACCUCUCGCGGCUUAGGAUCGUUGCGAAAGCAGAGAACCAAAAGUGAUGUAACGAAAAAGUCUGCCAAACCAGGAUUGGCGGAACUGAUGACUAGGCACGGAGGUCCACCGAUCCCUACCCUUGCCUCUCCGAUGCAUGAGCGAGAAACGAUUUUGGCCGCUCAGGUCAUCGACAACGAAGACGUUGUAGGUGAUGAUGACGAGGACGACGAAGUCGGAAUACACAUGGAGUUGGAAAUUCGAGCCGAUGAGAUUACUCCCAACUUGGAGGGAUUCAAAGAUCAUUCCCGCAAACUCAACCCUAGACUUGAACCAUAUCUGAUUGAGCGGAUUGGUCAGGAACAGGUGCGUAGGUACAAGAGAUUGGUCGAGCAGAAAAUCAAGCAUAUGCACUCUGUCCAGAAGGAUCAAAAGUGUGGUUCUGGGACCUUUUGUUUCGAUCUUGGAGGUGAGGCGAAGCUUUUGGCGCCCCGCGUAAGUUCUAGAGAUCCUGAGGCGACCUUGACCCAGUUCCAAGUUACCAACACGGGCGAAAAUGAAAUCGACGAGUCUGGAUUCACAGAGGGAGUUGUGACACCAGCGCUAUUUCCGCCCGGGAUCCCUUUACCACCUGCUAAGCGACUUCCUGCAGAGUUUGAAUGCCAGCUGUGCUUCAAGGUGAAGAAGUUCUCCAAGCCCAGCGAUUGGACAAAACACGUACACGAGGACAUUCAACCAUUUUCAUGCACGUUCCCGAAUUGCACCGAGUCCAAGUCUUUCAAGAGAAAAGCAGACUGGGUUCGACAUGAGAAUGAACGACAUCGUCAUCUUGAAUGGUGGAAAUGUAGCCAUCAAGAAUGCUCCCACAUUUGCUAUCGGAAAGACAACUUUGUUCAACAUCUUGUUCGUGAGCACAAAAUGACGGAGCCAAAGGUGAAAGGUCGAGGAUCUGGCAGCAGCAAGAACAAGCCAAUCAAUGGUGCAUCUUGGCCAGCUGGACAGGAAGAUAGUGAACUCUGGCAAAUGGUGGACGAUUGUCAUUUCGAGACGACCAACAAGGCUCGGGACGAACAUUGUCGCUUCUGUGGAAACGUGUGCUCGAGUUACAAGAAGUUGUCGGUCCACAUGGGCAAGCAUAUGGAACAGAUCGCAAUGCCCGUACUCGAGCUGGUGAGGAUGCGCAUAGUCGGUCCAGACACCAUCAUCAGUCCUAUCGAGCAAGCUCAGCCAAUUUCGUCGUUUGUUUCUAUUCCUGGGAAUAUGAACGGAGUGGACUCGAACAAUUUGUCGCCCUAUCCGACAAGCGCUGUCUCGGCGUAUCAAACGUCCUCUGCAGGACAGUCGCCAGCAUCCAUGCAAGGCCGAAUUCAGCACGGGAAUUUUACGUUUGACCAGGGAUACUACAGCCCACAUUCUAUGGGCCCUGGCGUACAGGCGCAAAUGGUCACAGAUCCCUACAGUUCCAGUCCGUCAUACCCUAAUCACAAUCGUAUGUAUAUGGACGGAUCUGAAUUCCUACCCACUCAGAACACCGUGAGGAAAUCGCACAGCCAUUCUCCACAGAACCAACUUGUGACGCCUCGGUCCCAGCACAUGGGACCCGGAUUCACGAACACUUACUUUGAUCCAACGGGAGCGGCGUACAGCCAAACUCCAUUACAGCCGGUUUACACAGAUUCGAGUUCUUCCGGAGGUUACAUUUCCCAGUACGCCCCAUCAGGUCUACCAAAUCAUCCCGUACAUUCCCCACUGGGGAUGAACGGGCACUCGGGACUCGGUUUGCAAACGAUGAACCAACAGCAACAGCAGCAGUACAUGUAUGGGGGUCAAGGGAAUGGCAAUGGCCCGCCCAUGCAGUAUUCUUAA